AUGAGAUCAGACAAGCAACCCAGAGAUGAUGUUGAGGUUGUUCAUGCUCAGGAGGUGCAAGUUCAUGAUGUUCAUGACUCAACGGUUGAGACAGAUGCAAUACAUAUUGCUAUUGCGGUUGUUGAUGAGGUAGCAUAUGAGGUGGUCCAUCCAAAUGCCCUUGUUGCAGAUGAUGUGGUUCAACCAGAUGCCUUUGUUGCUAAUGAGGUGGCUACCACAGAUCCGGUCCCUUCUGCUACUACUGAUACAGAGAACCGUGUCCCACUAAAGGUGACAUUCCAUGGGUCGAAGAUGAAGAACUUCCCCCAAGCUCCGAUGUCUGAGCAGGUCAGGAGAAUUGUACAUGAUUUUGGUCUCCUCUCAUUUUUCCAUUGCUCCCUAACCAUGCUCGACGCUCCACUUCUUACUGCUUCCUUUCAUCUUCCAUUUGGGGAGAUGACUAUCACUCUAGAUGAUGUCUCAUCAUUGUCCCGUCUCUCAAUCACCAGUAGAUUCUUCACGACUCCUGUUAUUAGCCAGUCGCUUGCAUGUAUGGUGGUUGUACGAGAUUUAGGAGUUAUUGAGGACAUUGUGCUGGAGGAGUUUGAGAUUAAUAGGGGAGCUCACCUUCGUAUAUCUUGGCUUCAGGAUAGUUAUGACGAGCUCGGCGGGGCACAUAUGUAUGAGACUUCCACUAGGGUGUAUAUGUUACAUCUAGUAGCAUGUACUCUAUUUGCAGAUAAGUCUCAUAUUUAUAUUGAUGCUCAGUACAUGUGGUUGUUCACUAGCCUUGAUGAUACCAGUUAG